ACUUCAAGAUGAUCAAAGUUCAUUAAUGGCCGUAUUGAACAAAAAAAGAUUUAUGUAUUGAUUAGGGGUGUCAACUUUGCGUUCCGUUCCUAGGAAGGGGGAACGCUACCCCGUUUCCGUUCCUGGGAACGGGGAACGCUGAACACUCAAACAUAAAAAGAAAAGUGAAUAUGUCUAGAGACCUCGCCAUGUUGAAAUAUAGCGUGGAAAUGCGAUUUUGACAAGCGUUCCCGUUCCUAGGAACGGAAUGCUGAGGAACGGGGACGCUGACACCCCUAGUAUUGAUGGUCUUCAAGAACAAAUUGUUACUCUUCAACAAUCUAAUGAUGAUCUUAAACAAUCUAAUGAUGAUCUUAAACAAUAUAAUGAUCAUUUGCAAUACGAACUGAAGUUGUUAAAAAUGAUUUGUGGUCUUACAUCGUUAUCGACAAUUGCGCUUGGUGCAUAUAUUAUCUUUCACAAGGUCAAAUAA